UGACAAAGAUUUGGCGGGAAACAUUUUCUGUGCGUAGUUAGUUCUUGAAGUAAAAAAGGCGGCCUCUAGUCGAAGUAACAGGCCACAAUGCAGGCGUUUCUGAAGGGAGGGAGCUCCGCUGGACUGAAGUCGAAGAAGGACAAAUCUUUGUCAGAUGCCAAACCAGGAUCCAGCAAAGAGAGAAGGCAGCCCAAUGCACCAUGGGUGGAGAAAUACCGCCCGCGUACGGUGGAUGACGUCGCCUUCCAGGAGGAAGUUGUGGCCGUUCUCAAGAAAUCCUUACAAGGAGCUGAUCUGCCCAACCUACUGUUGUAUGGACCUCCUGGUACAGGAAAGACUUCCACCAUCCUGGCUGCUGCAAGGGAACUCUUUGGACCAGCACUGAUGAAGCAGAGAGUUCUGGAGCUGAAUGCCUCUGAUGAGAGAGGUAUCCAGGUGGUUCGUGACAAGGUGAAGACAUUUUCUCAGCUGUCGGCAUCAGGAAUAAGGCCUGAUGGUCGUCCGUGCCCACCUUUCAAAAUCAUCAUCCUGGAUGAGGCAGACUCUAUGACAGGUGCAGCACAGGCAUCCUUAAGGAGAACAAUGGAGAAGGAGACUAAAACUACCCGCUUCUGUCUCAUCUGUAACUACAUCAGCAGAAUUAUUGAGCCGUUGGCCUCCAGAUGUUCAAAGUUCCGCUUCAAGCCUCUGUCAUCCGACAUCCUGCAGGCAAGACUCAAGCACAUCGCCGAGGCGGAGAAGGUCAAUGCUGAGGACAAGGCUAUAACUGCCCUGAUAGACACCAGUGAAGGAGACCUGAGGAAAGCCAUCACAUACCUGCAGAGUGCUCACAGACUGAAGGGGGAGGAUGCUGUCACAGAGAAGGACAUUCUGGAGAUCACUGGGGUCAUCCCAAAGGACAUGAUCACACAGCUGAUCCAGACCUGCUACUCUGACUCUUACGAAAAACUUGAGAAAUCUGUCAAGGAUCUGAAAGCAGAAGGUUACUCAGCAGGACAGGUCAUCUUGCAGAUCCAUGAUGAAGUAUUGCCCAGAGAAAACCUAACAGACAAGCAGAAGUCAGUCAUUGCUGAAAAAAUCGCAAUUUGUGACCAGCGGCUUGCAGACGGAGGGGACGAGUUUCUCCAGCUGAUGGACCUGACCUCCGUCAUGAUGCAGCAGUUCUGUCACCCCGGCAACUGACACAGCUAUCGCCAUAGCAACUGACACAUCUAUCACCAUAGCAACUGACACAUCUAUCACCAUAGCAACUGACACAUCUAUCGCCAUAGCAACUGACACAUCUAUCACCAUAGCAACCUUUAUGUAAUACAUGUAUCAAUAAGAACUCUUCCCUUUUUAUAGGCUGAAUUCUUCUUGGUAAGAUUUAUGCAGAAGGGAUAGACCAGACUUUGUGAAUACAAAUAUACAUGUUCUCCUUGUUUUCCAAAAUGUUUUGUGACAUUCCUUCUUGUAAUAAAAAGAGAGAGCACUCCUUG